AUGGCGGACAUACAACUGAAACCUUCUGAAAUUUAUUUUCUUCACGACUCGAUAAAAGGUCAGUUUAGAGAUGGCAGGCAUUUGUUAGAUACGUUCAAAGAAUUGUUGUAUAAAAGAAUAAGUCCAUCCCAGAUCGAGAAGAUCGUUGUAUAUAGCGCAAACAGCAAAUGGCGAGUAUACGCCGGAAAUAGACGACUUUACAUUUAUAAAAAGUUGGAAGUCCUUGGAGUUGUGGAAUAUAUUACUGCAUGGAAAGUAUUGACAUUGAAUCCAUACACGUUGAGGAAACGGGAUACUACUAAAAACGGAGGAGCAUCGGUAAGAAUACGUAAUGACCCUCUGUUUGAGGGAAAAAUUACGUGGAUCGUAGAAGAAUGGAAGACAUGGGCUACAAAAGCUUCUAUCCAAGGCCAAACUGCUGCAGAUGAUAUUGGUCAAAACGGUGCAUACAUCAGUGACUGGCAGCAAGAUCGUCAAGAUUGUAUUGGAUUUUCAUCUCGUGCUCUCCAUACUCCAGGGCAUGAGCCCUGUGACUAUAUUGACGAGCAAGGAAAACAAACAACUUCCAUCAAAGGCCAAACUGCUGAAGAUGACAUUGGCCAAACCCGUGGAUACUUCAAUAGCUGGCAGAAAGAUCAUCAAGACUAUAAUGCUUCCUCAUCUCAUGUUCUCUAUAGUCCAAUACAGAAGCCCAGUCACAAUAGUUUCCAAACCCACACCCCAUCACACGCCUUUGUAGAGCAUGGGAAGGAAACAGCUUCCAUCCAAGGCCAAACUGCUGCAGAUGAUAUUGGUCAAAACGGUGCAUACAUCAGUGACUUGCAGCAAGAUCGUCAAGAUUGUAUUGGAUUUUCAUCUCGUGCUCUCCAUACUCCAGGGCAUGAGCCGUGUGACUAUAUUGACGAGAAAGGAAAACAAACAACUUCCAUCCAAGGUCCAACCGCUGAAGAUGACGUUGACCAAAAGCAAAACCAAAACUCAAAUAUAUUUGGCGUGCAAAGGAAUUGGACAACCUAUAUAAAAGAGACUGCUGCUAAAGAAGGUACCGCCACAACCGGUAUACCGAUCAGCGGCUGGCAGCAAGAUGGUUCAGACAAUAAUGGUUUCGCACCUAAAGGCUUCUAUGCCCCAAGCCAUCACUCAGAUCCCCUGCUGUAUUUGACUCGCAGUCUUGUAAAUACAAAACCCCAAUUCCCACAUAGUGGUUAUUAA